AUGACUGAAAAUAAUAACGCUAAAGGGGAAGUCAAAAUCAUCAAUACUACUGAUAAUGAAAACAACACUGAUAACAUUGAAAUCAAUAAAAACAACAAUGACAGCAAAAUCAAUGAUAAUGAUAAUGAUAAAAUUAAUAACAAUGAAAACGAUAAUAAUAAAGCAGUAGGUACUUUGCCUGAAUUUGAAGAUAAUGAGAAUAUUUUACAGGAAGGUGAACUACGAACUGUUUUCAAUGAUCCAGUAAACUUUAAUGUCAAACAUCCUUUAUAUAAUGCAUGGACAUUAUGGUUUGAUAAUCCGGGGAAAAAAGCUAACACAAUGCUUGCUUGUAUUGGUGAAAGUUUCGAAUAUUCUGAUGAAGUUUGUGGGGUUGUUUUUUCUGUUCGUAAAAUUCUCUAUAGAAUAUCUUUAUGGACACGAACAUCUAAUAAUAAAGCAGUCUGUGAAUCAAUUGGGUAUGUAAAUAAUCAAUUGAAUUCAGGACUUCAACCUGAAUUUCAACCACAUUCAGAAUCAAUUAAAAGUGGUGCUCCUCGAGGUAAAGAUUAG